UGCCAUCAUUUGUAGGACAAAGUUAGCAAAUCAGAGCUUUGCAGCACAGACAUACAGCACAUUGCCCAAUUCAUUCACGCAUCUUCCCAAGUUAGGAGCCAUUCACCAACCACAUCCCAAAACUAGUGCCAAUUGCACUUUGCACUCAUAGAACCAAAUACAAGACCACCGUCACAUUGAGCUUUGAAAGUCUGAAAUUUGUUUUAUAUAUAUAUAUAUAUUCAAGACCCAGACCCAAUUUUAUCAUACUGUGGAUCUGUUUAACUUUGCAAUCGCUCUCUUUCUAGCACCAAACACUGCCAACUCUAAAAUCUGAAUGCUGUUGCAGCAAAGGGGAAUUUGCCACUUAUAGCCGUCGAUCUAUCGAUCACUCUCAUACAGUAAGUUCUGAAAAAUUUACAUAUUUUCUCACAAAAUUAUCUUGCCAGAACCCAUCACAACAUAAAAUUAUACAAAUCAGAACACACACAAAAAAAAGAAACAUAAUUUUGAUAAUAAAAAAAAUAAUUUGGUGACAAUUUGGGUGUUACCAGAAUUUCUGAAAAAUUCACAUAUUCUCUCCCAAACUUAUCUUAUUAGAGCUAUCGCCACACAAAAAAUUACAAAAUUUCAAAAAAAAGGUUGGUAACAAUUUUGGUGUCACUAAAUUUUCUGAAAAAUUUAUAUAUUUUCUCACAAACUUAUCUUACUAUCCUGUUUGAUGGAAAAGUUUUAACACACAUUUUCACGUUUUAAACAACCUUACACAUAUUUCAAUACACUUUUUCACCGACAACUAUAUCAAAAAUACCUAAAUAACAUUACUCAAACUUCUCUAUCAAACGGGCUCAAAAAUACACAAUUUCGUUGAAAAUUUUGGUAACAGUUUCUGUGUUACCGGAAUUUUCCUACCCAAAAAAAAAAAAAUUCAUAUUUCAUUAAAUUUUCCCAAAAUAAAUAAAAUAAAAUAACUCCCACAAAAAAAAAAAAAAAGCGCGGUAAAAAUGGCGAGGGCCCCACCAGUGACUCCGUUAUACAAUCACCGACCAAUCACAUUCCCUCAAAACCAAUUACUCUCCCGAAUCAACGCCAAAACCAAAACCAAAACCCCAUACAAAAUCUCAGCCGUCCACGUCACCGCAAUGCCAAGUCAGCAGCACCACCACGAGGCUCAGGCUCAGGCUCAUCCGACGCUGGAAAUUAUAGGCGGAGCAAUUGAGUCAGUCCUGCCGGCUCUCAACUCGACCCUGACCCGAUUUCCGUACAACACGUUUCCUUUAAUCGGGUGGAACUGCCACGUGGAGACCGUCUACGCCGCCUACUUUCGGUCCCUCCCUGACGUCAAGCUCCGCCGUGAGUGCAUCCGCACCCAAGAUAACGGCUCCGUCGCACUCGAUUGGGUCUCCGGCGACGACCGUCACUUGCCGCCCGACUCUCCUCUCCUCAUUUUACUGCCAGGUUUAGCAGGAGGGAGUGAGAACACGUAUGUGAGGCACAUGUUGGUUAGAGCAAGAAGUAAAGGUUGGCGUGUGGUGGUGUUCAAUAACCGAGGUUGUAGCAAUAGUCCUGUCACCACUCCUCAGUUAUUUUCAGCUUCAUUUACAGGAGACAUGCGUGAAGUAGUGGCACAUGUUGCGACUUCAUACCCAAAAGCUAAUUUAUAUGCUGUUGGUUGGUCUAUGGGAGCCAACAUUCUUGUUCGUUAUUUGGGCGAGGAAUCUCAUACUUGCCCUCUUUCUGGUGCUGUGUCCUUGUGUAAUCCUUUCAAUCUGGUCAAUUCAGGUGAGGACUUCCGUUAUGGCUUCUAUGACAAAGCUCUCGCAAGUUCUCUCCGCAAAAUUUUCAAGAAGCAUGCUCUUCUCUUUGAAGACAUGGGCGGUGAAUUCAAUAUCCAACUAGCAGCCAAUGCAAAGUAUGUUAGGUACUUUGAUGAUGCACUAACCCGUGUUUCAUUUGGUUUCAAGUCAGUGGAUGACUACUAUUCCAAUUCUAAUAGUUCAGACUCAGUAAAACAUGUUGGAAUACCUUUGCUUUGCAUUCAGGCAGCAAAUGAUCCAGUUGCUCCUGCUAGGGGAAUCCCUCGUGAAGAUAUCAAGUGACUUCCCGACCAAGGAACAUCUUACGAACCUCCUCUCUGUAUUCCUGAAACUUCAAAAAAAGAACUUCCAGAUGAUUUGUCAUUAUAAGCUGCAUUUCCUGGGAAUACAAAAAAAAAUUUGUGAGUAGUCAAAGUUCAUUAAGCAUAUCAAGUACUCAACAUGUUCUCCCACAGGAACAUUUUGUCCUAUGUAAUUCCUUUCUCUUGCUGCUUGAUUCAUUAUGCUUGGAGUGCAAUAUUAAAAAAAUAACAAAAUAACUUUUGUUUGGGGAGAAUAACCUUGAAGGAUCUAUUCCAAACAUGGGGAAAGAAGAUAAAAUUGGCUACGGAGACCUUGAAAAUGCUCCUAUGUGAUAUUUAGCCUGCCCCAAUUUGUUGAAAUUUAGAGAAGGAUAAGAAAGAAAGAAAGAAAAUUUUUUUGGAGGUGUAUUGUGGGCCUUUUCUUGCUUAACUAUUUUACAGUUUGCUGCAUUUGAAGUUUUCCAUGCAACAUGGUUAAACUAUAAAGAGACUAUUUAACAAUGGGAAAAAGUUAAGGAAUAGACCUAUGCUGGAGUUUGAAUUGUCACCUGUAAAAUUAAGGACUGCCAUGUUGUUAUUUGAUAUAUACCAAUGAUUCUGUCAAUCUAUGGGUGAGUUCUUUUGUAAUCUUUGAUUUAAAGAUAUUCUUUGGAUCACAUGAAUCUAACCAGGCUUGUGCUUCCCUAUUACUUCCACUUAAAAAAAAAAAAUAAUGCAACUU